AUGAAGGCUGGAUUGAAAGCAGACGGACGCAGAUAUAACAAAGAGAUUAUCGAUUUUUUUCAAAUGGAGGACGAAAAGCUGCAACGGUUUAUAAAUACCCAAUCGGACCUGAUAAAUGAUACCUUGAAGCCAAAGAAUCAUUUGUUAGAAUUGCUGCUGGAGGACAGGAAGAAAAAGGAAAUUCAAAUUACAACGCUCCAACAACGCCUUCGGGCUAUGGAAGCUCCUAGACUCCGUCCAAGAGCUCUUAGCUCAACAGCUGUCGUCUCUGUUACCCAGCUCUUCGCACUUCUAGCUCAACCAACUUCUCAAAUGGCCCGCAAUUUCAGCUACGAAGUAACCUUUGGACAUUCCAACAACCACCUAGAAGCCAUCCUCAGCGCAGACAACACAUUUGACCCUCAGGCCCAAGGGCAGGCACAAUAA